AUGAAAACUAUCGGUCCUUACGAGCCCCGCCGUUUCCUUGGAGCAGGGUCGUUCGGCGGUGUCUGGGAGUGCCAGAAUAAGACAACUGGUGAAUCCGUUGCUUGUAAGCUGAUCGAUUUAAAUACGGCCUUAUCUGAUAAGGUUUAUCCACAUUUCCGCAAUGAAAUUUUAAUUCAUAGUAAAAUCAACCAUCCAUCCGUCACGCAGCUCAAGGAUGUUAUUUUAGAUAAUGAUAAUGUUUACAUCUUCCUUGAAUUAUGUGAUGGUGGUGACAUGAACGACAUUGUACAAGAGUUUGGCGGCCUUUCGGAAGAUGAAGCCGAGCACUACUUCCAUCAGAUAAUGGAAGCUUUGUCCUAUAUUCAUAAAUUAGGCGUCGCUCAUCGUGAUGUGAAAUUAGAGAAUAUCCUUGUUACUGCUGAUGACGAUGCUAAGCUUACAGAUUUUGGUCUUUGCAAGCAGCAGCAUGGUAAUGAUCCAAUGCUUACAACUUGCGGAACUUUAGUUUAUGCAGCUCCCGAAAUUAUUCAAGAGAAACCAUACAACGGCAUGAAAGCCGAUAUAUGGUCUGCUGGUGUAGUUCUUUAUGCCAUGGUCGCUGCCCACUUCCCUUGGAUUGUUCCAGAUGAUAUGCCCCCUGAGAACAUCAUGAAAGAAACAGCAAGACAAAUAGUUGAGGGUGAUAUAGCACUUCCUGAUGGAAUAUCAUACGAGCUUCAGAACUUGAUGGCUAACUUACUUAACGUUGAUCCAAACGAAAGACCGACAGCAGCAGAGGUCUUGGAGCACCCAUGGUUCCAGAAUGUCGUAGAAGAUGAAGCAGUAGAUCCAAAACCAAAUACAGCAAUCGUCAACUUAGUCGAAUCGUUUUUGAGUGAUCUUGAUAGGCGCCGUAAGCUAUCUUCAUAA